UGCUAGCUCUGAAAAGAAAAAAACUCAUUAUAAUCAUUUGGUUUUUUAAUCAGAUAAAGAUCGUGUGAAUAUGUCUUGCUGUGGUGGAAACUGUGGCUGCGGUACCGGCUCCAAGUGCGGCAGCGGCUGUGGAGGAUGCAAGAUGUACCCCGACAUGAGCGCCGCCGAGAUGACCACAACCGAGACUCUCGUCCUCGGCGUGCCACCCCAGAAAGCGCACUUUGAGGGAGCUGAGAUGGAAUCCGGGGCUGAGAGCGGCGGCAAGUGCAAGUGUGGAGACAACUGCACCUGCAACCCUUGCAAUUGUAAAUGAAGAGAGGCAAAAACCAAGCUCACUGGACGCAGAGAGGCCUCUGUUAUUAUGAAAUAGCGUGUUUUGAUUUCAUGUUUUUACAAUAAAGCCGCCAUGGUUACUUGGUGGUGCUUACAGCAGUUAAUAGUUUAAGUUGCUAAUAUUAUCGUGUCAUUAUGUCCGGCAUGAGGCGUUCUCUGCUAUAUCGGGAAUAUAUUAUGACUGUUCUAUUAUA